GACCUCGUGAUCCACCCGCCUCGGCCUCCCAAAGUGUUUGGAUUACAGGCUUGAGCUACUGUGCCUGGCCGUUAGUUUCUUAUUUAAAGUUUGAUUCCCUAAGACAGAAAAAACUACACCCAAGUCGUCAGGGGCAGAAUUUUCGCUCAGACAUGAGAAAAAGGAAGAAUGAGGCCUCAAGGAAAGAGAACAGAAUUAUUCCAGGGGUGUAAACUCAAUUAGAGUUCCUUAAAGUCAGUGGUCACUUAGCCAAUGGAGAAUAUUAUCCACCUCAAGAGUAACAGGCCUAAACCACUGUAUAUCGGCCAACAGGAGUCUAACAAAACUAGUGAAUCUACAAUAAAGACAAAACCACAUAUAGGAUUGACAGACAAAGGAUGGGUGCCCCCUCAGAUGAGAAACCAGUCUGAUGCCCGCCCGGCCAUGUCCCUGGAGGGAUGUUACAGAGCAUCUUGGCUAAGAUGUACCCGUAUAAACCCGGGGCCUGGUCACCUCAGAAUUUUCAGUCCUGAGAUGAUGUCCUGCUUUAUGACAUCCCCAUGGAACCGUGGGUCAAGGCCCAUACAAGCCCCAUAGCCUUCCAGCCAUGGGACUACAUAUAUAUACAUGCACUCUCUCAUUCACAUCAAGGUUAUGGAAAACAACCAAAAACUAAAUUACCUGAGCCUCUAAUGAGGUAACUUGAGCCUCCAGUGACAUCUCAUGAGCGAUGAUUCUGACAUUUGGGAUGAUACAGCAUUGAUAAAAGCAUAUGAUAAAGCUGUGGCUUCAUUUAAGCAUGCUCUAAAGAAUGGGGACAUUUGUGAAACUUCAGGUAAACCAAAAAGCACACCUAAAAGAAAACCUGCGAAGAAGAAUAAAAGCCAAAAGAAGAAUACUGCAGCUCCUGUAAAACAGUGGAAAAUCGGGGACAAAUGUUCUGCCAUUUGGUCAGAAGAUGGUGGCAUUUACCCAGCUACCAUUGCUUCAAUUGACUUUAAGAGAGAAACCUGUGUUGUGGUUUACACUGGAUAUGGAAACAGAGAGGAGCAAAACCUGUCUGACCUACUUUCCCCAAUCUCUGAAGUAGCUAAUAAUAUAGAACAGAAUGCUCAAGAGAAUGAAAAUGAAAGUCAAGUUUCCACAGAUGAAAGUGAGAACUCCAGGUCUCCUGGAAAUAAAUCAGAUAACAUCAAAUCCAAAGCUACUCCAUGGAACUCUUUUUUCCCUCCACCACCCCCUAUGCCAGGGCCAAGACUGGGACCAGGAAAGCCAGGUCUAAAAUUCAGUGUCCCACCACCACCACCACCACCACCACCUCCACCUCCCUUUCUACCACACUGCCUGCCUCCAUUUCCUUCUGGACCACCAGUAAUUCCCCCACCACCUCCCAUAUGUCCAGAUUCUUUUGAUGAUGCCGAUGCUUUGGGAAGUAUGUUAAUCUCAUGGUACAUGAGUGGCUAUCAUACUGGCUAUUAUAUGGAAAUGUGGCACAGACCAGCAGUAAAUGACACCACUGAAGAAACGAUCAGACAGAUCUGGAAUGUGAAACGUUACAGAAGAGAAUUGACCUCAUUUCUUCAAAAUAUCAGUGUUGGGAAAGAAAAAGGAAGUGGAAUGGGUAACUCGAAGAGUAAAAGUUAUGUAAUAACCAAAUGCAAUGUGAAAUUUUUUAUUGGACCCUAUUUUGAAAAACCAUUGUAAAAGACUGGGGUGGGGUGUGGAGGUGGGGGCAGCACACUGGUGAGACAGUUGAGAAAAUUUGAAUAUGAACUAGAUUUCGAAUGAUAUUGGAUAAUUAUUGCUAAUUUUAUGAGCUGUGAGAAGGGUGUUGUAGUUUAUAAAAGACUUUUAAUUUGCGUAGUUAAGCAUUUAGGAAUGAAGUGUUAGAUGUCUCAUAAAAUGUUUAAAAUGGUUUAGUGACGCAUAUGUGGCAAAAUGUUACCAAAUCCAACUGAUAUGUAUAUGGCUAUUCAUUGUACUAUUUUUUCUAUCUUCUGUAUGUUUAAAAGUAUAUAAUAAAAAUAUUUAAUAUAUUUUUUUUAAAUUA